GGCUUGCGGAUAUAUCUGAACUGAGUAACAAUGGUUCAAGUACAUGGAGUUCCAUCCCUCUCCCAGAGCGGCAAUGACACGCUCGAGGCGGGCAGCGGCAGAUCUGAAAAUAAGGUCGUGUCGAGGGAGGAGCACGCUCAGAGAGCUAGGGAGUUGAUGAUUAAGAGAGGCAUGAUGAGGGCGCCUCGGCGGGGGUGGUCCUUGACGGAGUAUCAAGCACAGAAUGACGGACCGCAUCACUUCCAUGCCGCGAUGCCUACGACCAUCGAUCGCAUUCCGGAACAUGCGGCCGUCCCUGCAAGCCCGGCACCGCAGCAGCCCAUCCAAGAGCAGCCCGUCCAGAAGCAGCCCGUCCAGCUGCCGCAACGCCCGAAGCUGCCGCCGCCUCGCCGCUCGUACUCUGUCACAGACAAGGAGCCAGAACCUGCGAAUCAACCUCGACCAUCUGCUCGCCUCACCCUUCUUGACCUUCCUUCCGAGCUGCACUACGCCAUCUUUGACUUCCUCGACCCCAUCGAUGGCGCAUGCCUCGGCCUUACACACUCCAAGCUGUAUGAUAUCCACCGCCGCAAGAAUGGCACUGUCCCGCUGUCUAGCCGGUAUUCCGGCCCCAACGACAUCGAAUGGGCAUGGCGGGGUGCCGGACCUCUUGUGCACCCGCACUCCAACAUCAGCAACACUGAAAACGACCUGGAGCGCCUGCGGGUCAAGGGCCAGGUAUACUGUCGCAAGUGCGGCAUCUCACGCUGCGAACUCCACAGGCACCUGAAAGAUUGGUUCGGCAAGGACGCCGAGUACUGCGAGAUCAAGGAGAUGUACGGCCCACCGGCCAGAUCUAAUGCAAAGGGAUACUGCUUCAUGCGGUCUCCCAAGAAUCCUCACUGGUGCGGGCGUCAUGGGGCCAAGACAACGGCAUCUUAAAUGAAUAAUCUUGAGAGAUUUGAAGAGCGCGCUUAUCACUGAGACAUUGGAAUUACUGGAGUUGUCUUUUUUUUUUUUUUCCUGUCUUGAAUUCAAGCGGAAGGUUUUGAUAACAGGGGCGGGGAAUAUAUAUGCAUGUGUGUAUGAGGUAACUACGGUACACGAAAUGGCCUGGAAUUUCUUUAAACUUCUUUUUUUUCGGAGUCGUGUUGGACUGCAAGUGGGCUACAAGGGAGACGAGCUUUUGAGAAUGAUGAAUCAAGCGGAUUGCUUCGUUGCGAAUUACAAGUAGAGAAGACAAGACAGAUGUGUAACAAUACAACCUAAAUGAUAGAUUGACAAGAAUGAAGCAUGAAUCACACAUAUUGUCUUUUGACCCGUGCAUUACAAGUAUAAGACGCUGAUAACUAACCAUCUGUGUGAAUAAAGUGCCCUUCAUAUGUAUAUGCAAAUGGAUAUAUGUAUAUGUAGUUAUAUAUGCAUGCGUGAUUGCGCUCUCUGAUCCAAAAAGACACUUGUCCAACCUAUGUGUGUGCGCAUCUAUGACGAGGAAACAGAAACCAAUCUUUCCUAACCUCAUGAUUCAUAGUUGAUAAAAAAAUGAAGGAAAUAGGGAGUGGUUUUACAAAAAAAAAAAAAAGUUAAUGAUGCUAAUCGAACAACAAAGAGACAAAAAAACAAAUAAUCAAGCCCCCAAUGUCAUUCCGUUUCCCUUUUUUUUCCAUUGCCCUCGGGAAAAAAAAACGCCUUAUUGUGUGGUGCCUAUCCCAUCCCAGUUCUAUACCCAAAAACAAAAGAUUCAAGAAAGAUGCUCUUUUUUCUUCUCCGCGAUCCCUCACAUUUCUUAGUGAGGAUUUCUCCAAUCCAGGGGGCACUCUCCUUGUGUUUCGAUCCAGUCGUUGAUGCCCCUGACGAACCACCCGCUCGUCAUCUUGUCUUUAUCUUCCUUCUCCCUCUUGGGCUUGCCGAGCUUGAAGCUCUUGCUCGUGCAGCAAACGCCCUUUUGGAAUCGCCACUGGAAGCAUUUGCGAUCCUUUUUGAAGCCCUUGUCUCCCGUCUUUUCAUCGUACUUUGAUCGGAUCAGCUGGCUGCGAUCAGUUUCUGUAUCCAGCUUUUCGUAUUUGU